AGCAGGGACGAGGACAAGCAAGGCCCGUCUGUCUGAUCAGACACCAGAGAAGAACUGUGUGAAAAUGAAUCCACGUCUGGAGGCUGUGCUCCUUUUGUGUGCCCUGCUUCCCCUCUCAAAUGGACAGGACCCUUUAGGCUGGCUGUUUCAUCGGCACUACUACCAGGAACAAUACCUUGGCUCCCUGCAGGCAGCUGCCACAGGAGUGACCUGCCCUGAUGAGUGUGACUGUCCCCCCACCUUCCCCAUAGCCAUGUACUGUGAUGGGAGGGGCCUAACAGCUAUGCCCUCCAUCCCCUCCCGCAUCAAGUACCUGUACCUCCAAAACAACGCCAUCACAGCUCUGCCUGACUCAGCCCUGGUUAAUGCAACCAACCUGGUGUGGCUCUUCUUGCACCACAACCAGCUGACAUCUGAUGCCAUUGGCCAGGAGGUGUUUUUGAAGUUGGAGGGACUGGAGCGUUUAUAUCUCCAACACAACAACUUGAGCCGCAUUCCUCCGAGCCUCCCUCGCACGCUGAGAGAUCUGAGAAUCAACCACAACAAGAUAGAAAAGAUAACACCUGCAGAUCUGGAGGGAAUGGUUAACCUCACUUUCCUGCAUCUUCAAGACAAUGCCAUCACAGAUCUGGGCACGUCGCUGAAGUCUCUCAGGUCCCUCACGCUGCUCGACAUUAGUGGCAACAAGAUGACAAAGGUUCCAGACGCUCUGCCUGAGCAUCUGCACCAGUUCUACCUGGAGUCAAACGACAUCAACACUCUGCCUGAAGACUUCCUGAGAGGGUUAGCUCAGCUGCAGUAYGUCAGGAUGGCCCACAAUCAGCUGACAGACAAGGGAAUCCCCCCCAACACUUUCAAUGUGACCGGGCUGGUGGAGCUGGACCUGAGCUACAACAAACUGGAGAGAAUCCCGUCUGUCAGUACCACGCUGAAGCAUCUGUACCUGCAGGCCAAUCAGAUCAAAGAGUUCACCUUGGGGAGUUUCUGCUCUAUCAUGGAUGUGACAAACUUCUCCAAGCUGCAGACGCUGCGACUGGAAGGAAACGAGAUCAGCCGGGAGGACAUCCCUUCAGAAUCGGCUCUUUGCCUGCGUCAGGCUUUCAGCAUCGACAUUUAACUGUUUCACUYACAGCUCGAUCUAAAAUGCAUUUUUGUGACGUAUUAGAACUAAUUUGCAGCAUGGAUGGAUGAUGUGAUGUGAUGUUGACUGCAGGUGGCAGCAGUUUUCACACAACAGCCUUUACUCUAAAACUUUCCCAAACAUUUCUUUCAGUAAUAACCAAUAUUUUUGUCUAAAAACGUUGAUCUGAGUUGGAUUAAUUUAGUUUAAUGAGUAUAAUUACAUUUAAAAGCAGCAUAUAAGCUUGUGACUUACACUUGAUAUUUUUGUGACCAUGAUCCAGUCCCACGUUGCUGUAAGGAUCAGUGAACUUUUUAUUUAGUGUUUUUAAUAGUUUAUAGGUUUUAUUUUCAUGUUUGUGUGUUUUUACCUUUGCCUCUCUCUAUUUACUCAGAUAAAGUGUCGAUAAACAUUUAGUACCAUGUUUAAAUUGAAUUGUUUAAUUGAAACUUUGAAAACUUCAUAACAACUUAGAGUCCAGUACAUUAAAAAAUCCUCUUCCAGAAUAAUGUAAUAGUUGUCUUUAAAUAAUGUAAAAACUGACUUUUUGCAUCUGUUUUUGUUAAAAUAUAGUAUUAAUAAAAAUUACGUAUUUCAUUUAGGAAAGAAUAUCAGAUAUUUUAGAAAUCCUUGUUGUAUUGUGAUUCCUUAUAUGCUUCACAGAUCAAAUUACCAUACUGAUGAUUGCUAUUUGCUUAUGAGCCCAACAAUUAAACAACGCAAUUUUCUUUUAAAAA